AUGCCAGACCAGGAAAUCUACCGCGACGAGGACGCCGAUUCCAACCCUAAUGUACCUCCGUAUGGGAUGGACGAGGAUUUUCUAUACCUUGCACCCACCGCCGCUGCGCCGCUUCCUGUCCAAGGCAGCCUGGUAAGUGUUGCAGACGACAACAACCAGGCUGGGCUGCGCAAUAUACAUGGCUACAUGGACCUACAAACCCUCAUGCCUUUCGAGACUUUCGUGCCUAUGCAGAGUGGGUUCAUGUCUCACUUGAUGCCGCCACCACCAAUCCCUCCUGUGCCAUCCCAAACACCUCCAUUUGGAGAUUCAGCCAACCAGUCGGCCGAGAUUCAGCCAAUUCCUGUUAACGCGGAUAAUCCUUGUGUUAAGCAAGAAGCCCACGUCAACGAAACCCUGCCAAGCUGGUAUGAUCCGUACAAAGUAACUCCCUUCAUCCCUGACGAGGUCAUUGAGGUGGAUCCGAAGUUGCCAAAGCGUGCUACAGGUGCAUUCGCCGCUCAGUCAUCGAAAUAUGGCGAGGUUGAUCCCAUAUACUGGGUGCCGGAAGAGUUCACUCGUUCAUCGACUGGGCUAUCCGUUGUAGACUCGGAUUCUAUUCUUGGAGAUUCGGGAAGGACGUAUAAUGGGUAUCGCGAGGGCAAAUACUUCCUGCCCAAUGAUGCGGCCGAACAAGACCGAUUGGACUUGCAACACGCCGGGCUGAAGGUAUUGUUAUCACACAAGCUUUACCUGGCGCCUAUUCAAUCACCCAGAUACGUCUGCGAUCUUGCGUGUGGCACGGGUCUAUGGACAUUCGAAUUUGCUGAGGAACACCCUGAAGCAAAGGUCAUUGGCAUAGACCUGAGCAGUAUCCAGCCAAGGAACGGACCCGAAAAUGUGGAGUUUAUCAAGGGUGACUGCGAAGACUCGUGGGAGUUUCCUUUCAAGUUCGACUACGUACACGCUCGAGCAGUGUUCACCUGCUUCAAUGAUCACAGGACGGUGAUGCGACAUGCGUUCGACAAUCUUAAGCCAGGGGGCUGGGUCGAGUAUGGAGAUGGCAGUAUCGAGGUUGGAUGCCUAGAUGGUAGUACCGAAGGCACGGCCAUUAAGAGAUGGGGGGAGCUUAUGCAGCAAGGGGGUUUGGCACUCGGUCGGGAAUUACACGUUGCACAACACUAUAAGCAGUGGCUUACUGAAGUGGGAUUCGUGGACGUCGUCGAGAAGAAGCUUGCAUGGGCAUUCGGCCCGUGGCCGAAAGACCGCAGACAGAAGAAGGCCGGGGCAUACUGCCAAGCUGACUUGUACGAGGGCAUACGAGGCAUCAGUUGGGUGUUUCUCAACGCCUUGGGCAUGUCAGAGCUGGACAUUGAUAAGCUGGUGCUGGAUGUGCGCGCUGAUCUUGUCAAUCCUGCUGUUCAUUCUUUUCUCCCCAUAUGGGUGGUGUAUGGCCGAAAGCCAUUUGACCACGAGAUCGAGCAUCCGUGGCAAGAGUCUAGUGUUUCUUCCACAUCCAACUUGGCGGAACUUCGACUUGGCGAAAUACACAGCUGGAUUGAGCAAGUGCGACCAACACCAGUAAGCGUGAAUGACAUCACGCGUAAUAAUCUGGCAGAAGCAAUCGAGGUUCUCCCCGCCAAUUUGAUAGACGUUCCCCGCGCGGAGCUCACGUCGUCGAACACCCGCAAGAGGAAUCAAACACUGACAGCCUAUGGUGCUUGGCGAUCCACCUUGACACUUAGUUCAGACACAUUGUCAGAAAUGGCCCAGUACGCAACUUACCCGAGCCUCCGCGGAAAGACCGUAUUGAUCACCGGUGGUGCUGAAGGCAUCGGAGCAGCUGCAGUUGAGCUAUUCUGCAAGCAGGGGUCCAAGGUUAUCUUCUUGGACUACUCGGAGGCUUCAGCAGCAAGGCUCCUCGAAAGAGUCAAAGGGAUCUCUGAAGCGGCCAACCCUACGUUCAUGUAUUGCGACCUAACAAACCUAGAUGCACUGAAGGAAUGUGCCGAGCAGGUUCUUGCUGAUCACGGAAAAGUUGACGUACUUAUCAAUAACCUCGGUGCCGCUGGUCCAAAGUCCCGAGUUGCGAGUUCAGAGGUCACUCCCGAGUCCUUCGACUACGACAUCAACGUCAACCUGCGCCACCAGUUUUUUUUUGACACAGCAGGCAUCGUGGGAAUGACCCGGGUUCACAGCAAGGAGUUUGGCAAGUAUGGCAUCCGUGUCAACAGUAUCAUGCCGGGAAGCAUCGCAACUGAGCGACAGGUCCAAGAAGUCUUGACGGAAGAGUACGAGGCGAAUACGAUGGCGGCGCAGAGCCUCAAACGGCGCCUGCUCCCGGAGGAGGUCGCUAGACUGAUGCUGUUUCUGGCGGCUGAGGAUUCGAGUGCCAUUACGGGUAGCAGCUACGUGAUCGAUGGUGGAUGGGUCAGCGAUAAAUGA